AGAGAUAGAGAGAAAGAGAGAGAGAGAGAGAGAGAGAGAGAGAGAGAGAGACAGGCUGACUCUAUCUCUCAGUGCUCUGCAGCGCGAGCGCGCGGCUCCUCCACCUCCACCACCACCAGCAGCACGAGCAGCAUCAUCAGUAGCAGUAGCAGCAGCACUGGCUUCAGCAGCAGCAGCGGCAGCGCGCGGAGGCCAAUGGUAAGCGCGCGCCGCUGCUUCGCCUUCGUGUCCGCACCCGCGAGCUUAUGGGCACAUGGAGGAGGGCAUGAUGAAGUCCAACUCGUUCUCCAGCAACAGGGAGGAGAAGGCGGAGGCGGACGGCCGGAACAGCGUGUUUCAGCGGCAGGACUCGGCGCUGCUGAAGAAGAACAGCACCGGAGGAGGAGGCGGUGGAGGAGGCGGAGGAGGCGGUGGCAGCAGCGGCAGUAACGCCGCCAACGCCGCCGCCUCCGCCGGCAAGGAGCACGCCAACUCCGUGGCGGUGAAGACGGACCGCGAGGAGACCAUGCUGGGGCUGGAGGACGCCGACCCCGCGGGCCGGUCGCACGGCUUCAUGCAGCGGCAGAUCGGGGCCAUGCUGCAGCCCGGAGUCAACAAGUUCUCCCUGCGCAUGUUCGGCAGCCAGAAGGCGGUGGAGAAGGAGCAGGAGCGCGUGCAGACCGCGGGCUACUGGAUCAUCCACCCCUACAGCGACUUCAGGUUCUACUGGGACUUGAUAAUGCUCAUCAUGAUGAUGGGGAAUCUAAUCAUCAUUCCUGUUGGAAUAACCUUCUUUUCUGAGCAAACCACCACCACCUGGCUGGUGUUUAACGUGGCCUCGGACACCAUCUUCCUGGUGGACCUGGUCAUGAACUUUCGCACGGGCAUUGUGAACGAGGAGAGCUCCGAGAUCAUCCUGGACCCUAAGGUCAUUAAGAUGAACUACCUGAAGAGCUGGUUUGUGGUGGAUUUCCUCUCCUCCAUCCCCGUGGAUUAUAUCUUUCUGAUUGUCGAGAAAGGCUUUGACUCGGAGGUGUACAAAACGGCCCGAGCGCUGCGAAUCGUCCGCUUCACCAAAAUCCUCAGCCUGCUCCGCCUGCUGCGGCUGUCCCGCCUCAUCAGAUACAUCCACCAGUGGGAGGAGAUUUUCCACAUGACCUAUGACCUGGCGAGUGCAGUGGUACGAAUCUUUAAUCUGAUUGGUAUGAUGCUGCUGCUGUGUCACUGGGACGGCUGCCUGCAGUUCCUGGUGCCUCUGCUCCAGGAUUUCCCUCCGGAUUGCUGGGUGUCGUUAAACGGUAUGGUUAACGACUCCUGGGGAAAGCAGUACUCGUACGCCCUCUUUAAAGCCAUGAGUCACAUGCUGUGUAUCGGUUAUGGAGCUCGAGCGCCCGUCAGCAUGUCCGAUCUGUGGAUCACCAUGCUCAGCAUGAUCGUGGGGGCCACCUGCUACGCCAUGUUCGUGGGCCACGCCACCGCCCUCAUCCAGUCCCUGGACUCCUCGCGACGCCAGUAUCAAGAGAAGUAUAAACAAGUGGAGCAGUACAUGUCCUUCCACAAGCUCCCAGCCGACAUGCGGCAGAAGAUCCACGACUAUUACGAGCAUCGCUACCAGGGCAAGAUCUUCGAUGAGGAUAACAUCCUGAACGAGCUUAACGACCCUUUAAAAGAGGAGAUUGUUAACUUCAACUGCCGUAAGCUGGUGGCCACCAUGCCUCUGUUCGCCAACGCCGACCCCAACUUUGUGACGGGAAUGCUGAGCAAGCUCAAGUUCGAGGUGUUCCAGCCCAACGAUUACAUCAUCCGCGAGGGAACUGUGGGUAAAAAGAUGUACUUCAUCCAGCACGGCGUCGCCAGCGUCAUCACCAAGCACAACAAGGAGAUGAAGCUCACAGACGGCUCCUAUUUCGGAGAAAUCUGUCUACUAACGAAAGGCCGGCGCACGGCCAGCGUCCGCGCCGACACGUACUGCCGCCUCUUCUCCCUGUCUGUCGACCACUUCAACGAGGUCCUGGAGGAAUACCCCAUGAUGCGGCGCGCGUUCGAGACGGUGGCUAUUGACCGCCUGGACCGCAUCGGGAAGAAGAACUCACUUCUACUGCAGAAGUUCCAGAAGGAUCUGAACGCUGGCGUGUUCAACACGCAGGAGAACGAGCUGCUGAAGCAGAUCAUCCGGCAGGACCGGGAGAUGGUUAUGAUGGUCGAAAGGAAGCAGUCGGUAACGGGGGCCAACUCGACACCGAUGUCUGGAAACUCCAUCAUUAACUCUCCUGCUCAGCCGCCGUUCAUUAACUUCGCCAACAGCCAGUUCCAGCAAGCCGCCCCCAUGACCUACAGCACCGCCGCGUCCAUCACCCCGGCCGCCCGCAUAGCUCAGGGCGUCCUGUUCUCCGCAUCCGGCAUUUCACCUGGAAACCUGGGUACCUCCUCCCCGAACCCGCAGACCCCACUGCAGCAGCCGAGCGGCAUCAAGUCGCCCUGUUCCUUCACGGCGGCCGUUUGCAGCCCUCCGGUCCAGACGCCUUUAUCCAGCCGAACGUUCCAGUACGGCUCGCCCACCGCCUCCCAGCUUUCCCUGGUACAGCCGACCAUUCCUCAGCAGUCCUUAGCAGCACAGCAGCAGCAGCAGCAACAACAACAGCAGCUGCCAUCUUCCCAACAGCCUCAGCCUCAACAGGCUUCUCCCCAAAGAAGCGAAAUCCACAAAAGCACGCAGGCGCUCCAGUCCGGAAGCCUUAGCCGAGACAUUCGCCACCUCUCAGCCUCCCAGCCCUCUUUACCCCACGAAACCUCGCUAGCCGUCCGGCCGCACCCAUCCUCCGGCGAAUCUCUGGCCGCCAUCCAGCCCCCUGCAGCCACAGCCCAGGUCCAGGCCCAAAUCCAGGCCCAAGUUCCAGUGGUCCAGGCCGUCCCUCAAAGCGGCAUCCGCACCACUGUCCCUCAGAGGGUGGCGCUCUUCCGCCAGAUGUCGUCGGGAUCUUUACCGCCGGUGCGCGCCGCGCCCUCUAGCCUCCAGCACAGGGAUUCCACGGCGUCCAGACGAGAAUCGGCGGUCUUGAGCAGUACAGAGACCGAUCAAGACAAGAUGCGAUUCGCAUCGAAUUUAUGAUCCCGUUUCCUUUGUUUUUUUUUCCUUCUUUAUUUUUUUUUUUUUAAACGAAUUCUGCUUCAUUUUUAUGGAGAAAAUGGGAAAGAGAGACUGAAGAAGUAUUUUUUUUUGUUUUUUCUCCAACUCCUCUCUAAAAGAUAACCUCAUAGAUGAUCCUGUACAGACUGCCCUUGUAUUAUAUUUUAGACAUUUCCCCUUCAACUUAAGAAUGUAUAUUAUACAAAUAUAUAUGUGUAAAUCCAACUAGAAUAUUUGGCAUUGACUAUAUGAAAAAGACACAGUAACAGAAACAGUAGUAGAAAUGCAAGUCUUCCUUUCUCAUAUAUAUGACCAAACACGUCAAAGAGGAUUUUCUCUCUUUUUUUUUUUUCUUUUUUUUUUCUUCUCUCCUUUCCAUUGAUUUCGAUAGAUUUUUUUGCUUUCCUUUUUUUUUUAUUGUAACUGGAAUGCAAUGUGAAACCAGACGGUGACGUUAUGAAUUUAUUUAUUUAUUCUUUACUUGGAGAAGAUAGAAGAUGACAACAACAUGAGUCCAGCAUUCAGCAGCUUUUGGCAUCACUGUGGAAAAUAAUAAUAAAAAAAAAAAAACCUGCACGCAAACAAUACUGGAAACCACUGAAAAUACAAAAUGAAAAAAAAGCACAUUCAUAAAAACACAAUACCAGUGGAAGACAAAAUUCAUGGGAGAAGUUUGAAGGACCACAAUAAUGGGCAAUAAUGCGGGUAAAAAAAUAUAUAGGCUGAAUUACCCUCUGCAAUACUUUCUGAAGUGCAGUCACUGGUGUAGUGUUAAGACCGUGGCAGUGUUAUGGGUCCAAAGGGAAUAAAUAUUGCAUUUGCUGCUUUUUUUUUGUUCUUUUUAUUUUUAUUUCUCUCUUUUUGUUUUUUUUUCCGUUUCGUUUUUAUAGAGCGAGUGUGGUUGCAGUUGGAUGUCGUUGGAUAAUAUUAUUUUCUACUCCUAAUUUCUGACUGAGAUGGACACAAUGAAAUGUCGUUUAAUGACUAUAUGUACAUUUAUAAUAUUUAUAAACUAAAGAUUAUCACCAUUAUGCAAUAGACUGUGAUAUAAAGAUAAACUAUGUGUGUUGUAAAUAGUUUUGUAGAUCUAGUAUUUACAGAAUAAUGUGUGGUGCAUUCUCAAAUCAUGGCAAUGUCUUACUUCUGUCUGAAGCCUGGAUAUCACCUAUAUAUAUAUAAAUAUAUAUACAUAUACCUGUAUCGUCGCUGUCGCACAAAAACCUUAUCUGCUGUUUUUUUUAUUACUUAAAUGCGGGUGGCGGCAGAUUAAAUCUUUACAUUCUCUCCAAAUCAAAGUUUAGGAUAAAUUGAUUUAAUUGAAAUGCGGCAAAAAAAAAAAAAUAUAUAUAUAUAUAUAU